AUGGCCGCUCUCCAGCUCUCCCACCUGGUCGUCGUAGCAUCCAUAGCAGCAUCGAUAGCGCUGUUAGCAGAAGCGUCGAUAUCGCUCUCAGAAAAAUACAAUUUGACUGUCAAAACCAUGUUCGUGGACAUGAAGCACCUGGACCAUCACCCCGACUCUCCGCUCCACAAUGCGCAUUCCACCUUUGCCGAAAGGUUCCACAUCACUGUCAUGAGGAGUAGCAUUCGAGCGGCCGGGUUCAAAAACAUUCUCGCCAGCGGAAUUCGACCCCGAGGAGUAAACUUCGAUUCGCGGACCCAACCUUCGGCCCCCAGCAGCAGCAGCAGCAGCUUCCAAUCGCCUGUGACUGCAUCCCCGGGAAGCUACAUCAUGACCAUCUCUCUGGGCACUCCCCCGCAGACCAAGACCGCCAUCGUCGAUACAGGCAGCGACCUCGUCUGGCUGCAGUGCGCCCCGUGCUCCGAUUGCUACCAGCAGGCUGAUCCGGUUUUUGAGCCUCGAAAAUCCUCGACUUACAGGAGAAUCCGCUACUUCAGCCCCAUGUGCGGGCAGCUGCCUCAAGUCUCGUACAGCUCCGGGAUUUGCACAUACAGAUACGGCUAUGGCGACCAGUCGACUACUCAGGGCGAGCUCGCUCUGGAGACGCUGACUCUCACCGCAACCGAUGGCUCCAACAGGACAUUCCCCAAUUUCGCUUUCGGCUGCGGGAGGAGGAACCAGGGCACCUUCUCUGGAGUCGAUGGGCUGGUGGGGCUGGGGCGUGGCGCCGUCUCCUUGAACGAGCAGCUGGGGUCGCUGAUCGGCUCCAAGUUCUCUUACUGCUUGGUCGAUGUUUCGAGCUCCGCCACCGAGACGAGCCCUCUGAUCUUCGGAGACGAAGCCGUGGUGACAGGCACGGCCUUGCAAGUCAAGUACACUCCUCUGCUGCGCAACCCUGCUGCCGAUACCUUCUACUAUGUGAAGCUGAACGGCAUCACCGUGAACAACAGGCCCGUGGCUGACAUUCCUUGGGGAGUUUUCGAUUUGAAUGUGCACACGGGACGAGGAGGAGUGAUUCUGGACUCGGGCACGACCAUCAGUCAGCUCAUUCACUCGGCAUACAUCCCCUUCUUGACGACGCUGCAGUACCUCAUUCAGUAUCCCCGAAUCGACAGCUCUCAGAUUGGGUUCGACCUCUGCUAUGAUCUGUCGGGCGUGAGAAACCCCUCCUUCCCUUCCGUGACUCUGCACUUUCAGGGCGUGGACCUCGUUCUUCCCGCCAACAAUGUCUUUCUGGAAGUGGAUCAGCAGGGCACCACUUGCCUGGCCUUUGCCGGUACCACCGAUUUCACCAUCGUUGGCAACAUCCAGCAGCAGAAUCACUACAUUUUGUACGACAUCGCUAACGAGAGGGUCGGAAUUGCUCCCGUGAAAUCGUGUGCCCGUCUGGCUACAGCCACACCGGUGCCCAGACUCAGCAGCAAGAGUGACAUGUGA